CUCGAUUAAUGUAUGGAACUGUGCGAAUCGUUCCGAAAGCGGGUUUCCCAAAAGUAAAAAGGAAAAGCGAGACCGUCUCUCUCGAAGACGACGACGUCGACGACGUUAUCGACAUCGCUUAAUCGUUCGCGCGACCGUUGCCUUCAGGUAAUUAAACCGGCAGAUAGAGGUCCAAGAAUUAUUGUCACUGUCGAAAAGGAAGGUCCUCCCGUACCUCCGUCACUUUACGUGCCGUCGAUUCCUCGAGGUGGUACCGAGCACGAGGCAAGUGAAAGUGGUGACUGUGAAAGUGUGUACUCUCUACCAUUGCCGCCUAAGAUGAACCAGUCGGCCUCAAGCUCUCAAAGCCGCCUGUGAUGUGUCCAGUGAGUAUUAUAGUGCGCCGACCUGCGACCUUCCUCAUCGUAUCUGCAAAUAUGUGUUAAUGUAAAAAAAAUCGACGAAAAAUUUAAAUUUCUAAACAUUCGAGGAAAAUAAAACCACAAUAACAAGAGAUUCGAUAUAAAUGCAAAAAGUUUUUAGGAGGAACACUACGGGAGAGAGAAAAAGAAGGAAUUAAACAUCCGGUGGCCGAAAAUUUAAAUGGAAUUGGUUCAGAAUGAACAAGAUUCAUUCGGCUGUUUUGGCGAUUGUUUUGAGUGUUUUUUUGAUACAAGCAACCGAUCCUCCAUACGAGAAACCUUACACUAGUCUUUUACCACAUUUAACGGGGAAAGGUUUUCCUCCACACCCCUUCAUUAAAUCCGACGAAUCUGUCACUGUCGAAAAGAUCGUCAAUAAUACGAAGGAUCUUAAAGAAUUAGAGGAGUACCUUUCCAAUAUUCAAAAAGAGGCAAAUGAUGGAAAAACCGAAACUUACGACACCAUAAACAAGUUUCUCCAAAAAGACGGAAAAACCGAUUAUGAGAAACUCCUCGAAAGGGAUUUCAUAAGACCUUUACUAAAAUUAUACGAUCAAAAUGAAACGACUACUCCUAUUCCUCAAACGAACGCUGAAACGAAUGCUUUAAGAAUUUCAAAAGAGGAUAACAUCUACGAUAUUCAAACAUUAACAAAGGAAGAAUUAAAUACUUUUUUAGAAAAUCCACAUACUUACCAAGUUCCACCGGAAUUUACAGAAGAUGAUCACCAAAUUACAGACAAUGAAAAUGCCGAAUCACACCAAAAUGAGCGAUUUAAACGAAUCGAUACCAGUGAAAACUUUCAAGAUGACGACAUUCAAAACACUUUCUCUAAAGAUGACAUUAAAGCUCUUAUGGAGAAUGCAAAAAGUUUUGAGAAAACAAACCAAACUUCUUUACCAAAAUCGGAAUUAGAAUCAUCAGAGUCGUUAGAAUCACGAGAUUCGAUAGAACAUAAAGAGUCAACGGAGGUGGCUUUAAUUAGACGCGAUGACUCUUUCUUGGAUACAGUAAAUGAUAACGAACAUAUUGGAGAAAUUUUACCACCGGAAUACGAUAUAACUCAAGAACAACAAAAUGUUAAUAAACGCACAUCUAUUUUAAGACGUAGAAAUUAUAACACUUUGUACAGAAAUGGAAGACAGUUUGAAGAUCCCAGGUACCUUGAUCCGAGGUACAGGGCGAUUCGAUUCAAACCCCCAUCAGAAUUUGAACCAUCUGGUGUAGAUGAAAGCCUUGUUUACGCAGAAAAUCAUCAUUAUCAUUAUAGAGAUCAAUACACGGAAGCUUUAAGCGAUGACAGUAGAAUGUACACUCGCCCAGCAAGGUUUCCUUUUGUUCCACAAGAGGCUAGGUUUCCGCGGUAUAAAGAAAUGUUUUAUGACCAACCUGGGAGGGAUCAAUCUGGACCUGAUCAACAGUCUUCGUGGAGAGCUGUACGUCGUCCUCGGGUGAUUUUUCCUUCGGAUACCGUAACUUUUAAGGAUGCACCUCAAGAAGAACAAUUUUUGGCACCGGAUACAAAUUUGCAAGAUUUACAAUUAGUGGAUACCAGAGAUCGGGGGGGGAAUGGUUACUGCGCACCAGGAGCAUCCUGCGAGUUCUUCAUCACCUGUUGGAUAUCUGGUGGUUCGUUGGAAAACACGUGCGAUGGCCUAUUGAGGGGCUGUUGCCAACGAGGGUCUUCCAAAGCCACCAGUCAAGGCCCUGGUCUGGCGAUCGGUACCCUCGAGGCACCACGUGAAACACCGAAGGCACAUUCGAGCCUUUUAAAUCACGAAUCGAGUUGUGGUGUGUCUAAUCGGCAACAAGCUCAGAGGAGGGUCGUGGGUGGUGAAGAAGCUGGUUUUGGAACGUUUCCUUGGCAAGCAUACAUUAGAAUCGGUUCAUCAAGAUGUGGAGGUUCUCUUGUGAGCAGACGACAUGUUGUCACAGCUGGACAUUGUGUUGCAAGAGCGGUUCCUAGACAAGUUCAUGUGACAUUGGGAGAUUACGUCAUAAAUUCGGCUGUUGAACCAUUACCAGCCUACACAUUCGGCGUUUCCUCAAUACAGGUACACCCUUUCUUCAAAUUCACACCCCAAGCGGAUCGAUUCGACGUCGCCGUACUGAGAUUAGAUAGAACCGCCCAAUCGCUGCCGCACAUCGCUCCAAUUUGUCUACCUCCAAAAGGUGAGAGCUUCCUGGGUGAGGUCGGGGUGGCUGCCGGAUGGGGUGCGAUGAGUCCCGGAUCCAGACUGCGCCCCCAAACCCUACAAGCCGUUAAAGUGCCUGUGAUCGAAAGCAGACUUUGCGAAAGAUGGCACCGUUCGAAAGGAAUCGGAGUUGUUAUUUACGAUGAAAUGCUCUGUGCCGGCUAUAAAAACGGUGGUCGAGAUAGCUGUCAGGGGGAUAGCGGGGGUCCUUUGAUGCUUCAGAAACAAAAUCGGUGGUAUCUAAUUGGAAUCGUUUCUGCGGGAUAUUCGUGUGCUCAACCCGGACAACCUGGAAUUUAUCAUCGGGUGUCUCAUACUGUUGAUUGGAUUACUAAAGCUAUUGAAAGUUAAAAAGGAGUAAUUUUAAAUUAAAUGUUGUAUGAAAAUAUAACUUUAGUGAAUUAUCACAAAAGUUACCAUUUUUACUUCAAUUUUAAAAGAUUUUCAAUUUACAAAGAUCACUAAAUUUUUCU